UCAAAGAAUUAUAUUCACCACACUAUUAUUGUCAUUUUCUACACGUGCAUAUCCCAAAUAUAAUAUUAUAAACAAUUUCUAUAAUCCAUAAUUUAAAUUUUCCGGUAUUUUUUGGCAAAGGAAUUGCAUAGCUAAUUUUAAAAUGCCGCCAGUGUUGACAGGGAAAGAGCCACCAAAGUCGUGGAAAAAAAUUAAUGAGGAGCGAAAAGCGUUAAAAAAGCAACGUAAGCAGGAGAAACUGCUCAAAGAUUUGGAAAAGAAUUCACAAUCCGAACUCGAUGCAGCUAAGGCUAAUAUAGAAACUACAACCAAUUGUAAAGCGCAGCCUUCUACAAUUAGCAUAGCGGUACCUGGUUCCAUAUUAGAAAAUGCACAAUCCUCCGAACUACGUUCCUAUGUAGCGGGUCAAAUCGCGCGUGCUGCUUGCAUUUUUCGUGUACAUGAAGUAAUAGUAUUCGACGAUGUGGGUAUGGCAACGGCGCGUGAAACCAAACGUAAUUACGAUUCUGAAGAUGGUGAAGAAAAAAUAAAUGAUGGUGAUAGCCGACCGACAACAGUGCGUAGCAGUUGCUUGCAAUUAGCGCGUAUCCUCCAAUACUUGGAGUGCCCUCAGUAUCUGCGAAAAUUCUUCUUCCCCUUACAUAAAGAUUUGCAGUACUCGGGGUUGUUGAAUCCAUUAGAUACGCCACACCACUUACGUCAACAAAAUGUGUUUCUAUAUCGUGAAGGUAUUAUUGCAGAUAAGCAAGCAAAAGACGGACAUUCUUAUGUUAACGUGGGCCUAUUAAAUGACGUGUUAGUUAAUAAAGCCAUCGAACCAGGUGUUCGCGUCACUGUUAAGCUGGAUAAAGUGAAAGAUAACAACAAGAAGCUGCGAGGCAAAAUUGUCAGUCCAGAUGAACCGCGACGCGAAACUGGCAUAUAUUGGGGUUAUACUGUACGCAUUGCGCAUUCCCUUGCCGAUAUUUUCACAAAGUCUCCAUAUACAGGAGGUUAUGAUCUUACAAUAGGCACUUCAGAUCGUGGCACUAAUGUGCACGAGGUGCCAAAUCGAUCUUACAAGUUUAAUCAUUCGCUAAUUGUAUUCGGCGGUUUAAAAGGCCUCGAAGCGGCACUGACAAAUGAUGAAAAACUGAAUGUAGAUGACCCAGCUUUACUCUUCGAUCAUUAUGUGAAUGUGUUGCCGCGUCAAGGCUCGCGUACAAUACGCACGGAGGAGGCAUUGUUAAUUGCCUUAGCAGCACUUCAGGAAAAGUUCGAACCCAAUGUACCGGAAGUGGAGGAGAAGCUUGAGGAAUACCAACUGCCGCGCAGUGAUGAUACUGGCAUCCGACCGGAUGUGAUUAAAAGUAAUAAGAAAAACAAAAAACGAAAAUUUACUGAACAUGCAAACGGUCAAGAGGAUAACCAAUUAUAUCAGCGGAAGGAUAUAAUGGAAAACAAAAGGUCAACGGUGAAGGCAAAAAAUGAAAAACAAGGCGAGACUUUAACAUCCCCAGAAUUUGAAUCAAAAUCUAAAAGAGUAGAUCCAAAUCUAUUUAAUAAUGCCUCGAGUGCGAUUGAUGAUGAUGACUUCGAAGUAGUCUCAACGAAUGAAGUCAAAUCAAUGGUAUCAUCAACGAAUUUAGGGGAUCUAAGUCGUUUUGACUAGCUGGUUUACUAAUUAAUUCUUCAUUAAAUUUUUAGAAAAACAAACUAGCACAAUAAUACGCAUUUUAAGGACAGACUUUUGAAAGUUCGUUUAACAAGAUUUCUAAGAUUUAUCAUUGGAUCAAAAUGGAUAUGAACAUUUUGUAUAUACACAUGUAAUUAUUGACAUUAAAUCAACAAGUUAUUUACCUUUUCCGUUUUACCUUGUAAAUAAUCUUAAUGAAUCUGUUGUAAUAAAAAUAUUGACGUCUCCAGUUCCCACCACAAUGAAUCAAUCCGAAAAUAUAUGUUUUGUGUAAAGUUUUAUUAUCUAUUACUAGUAAUCCACGCUCACGUUUAGCUAUUAGUUCAAGCUCCACUUAAAAUUAGUUUUCUGUUUGUAAUACAUACAUAUGUAUAUGUAUAUGAAAUUUACACACUCGAAACUAAGGAUACCGUUCAUGAGCGAAUGUAGCGAAUAAUAUGGUGAACUACAGAUGAAAUAUUUGCUUCGAAAUCUUUUAUAUUUUUCUGAGUACAUCUACAUAUUUAUUUGAAUCUAUGCACAUCUACACAUAUAUUUAUAUGCACAUAUACAAACGCGUUAUAAUCCGAUAAAACUUUGUGAAAUUCUUUGUACGGAACAGUUAUGCCAAUAACAGUUGGUUAAUUUUUUCUUAUAUUCUAAUUUUGGUUUGUAUAAUACAAAAAUUUACCAAUAACCCAGAAUUCUUUAUGACCUAUUGUUUUAACUGAUUAGGUUCUGUUAAUUCUACAUUUCAAUACAUUCUUAGGUACCAUGACAUGUGCUUACACGUAUUUUUUACUGUUAAAUAUAAAUUAAUUUAUAGAAAUGCACAUAAUUGAAUAAAAAAACUAUAGAUAAAUAAUGACUAAUGUUUGAAGAGAAAUGCCAUGUUAUGAAAAUGUUAUGUGGUUUUAACUAAACUUGUUGAAGUAAAACUGGAAAAACGCACGAGCGUCAAAAACAUCCACCUUUCUGAAAACCCAACUCGCUCCCCAAUCCUCAGAAGGGGUAUGUUUCCUGCGGUGAGUCACAUAAAGUAACGUGUCAAUUUUUGGAAUAUCUAUUUAUGAGGCUGAUGCACAUUUUAUGGACUGAACAAAAUUAAAGGCAUUUCCGUUGAAAUUUUAUUACUUACAUAAAAAAUAAAUAAAUACAAUUACACUGUUCUGGUUCUAUUUGCAUUUUGUUGUUUUAACAAUUACAUUUCCUCUUUGCCACAUUUUUUUUUCAUUGAGUUGAUAUGAAAUGCGCACAAACAUAUGUAUGUAUGUAUGUAUAAAUAUGGUAUUUGGUAUGAAACUUAUUAACUAAUAUAUUGUACAUUAUUCUCUAUAAUUUCUUUCAAUUGUAAUACUUUUUCAUUAUUUAUCAUUUCGCUAUACACAAUUUAGCGAAUAGAAACUUAAUUAAACCACUCACAAUCGUGGAAGUUUAAGCUUGAAAGUUAAAAAUCUCGUAUGUCCGUCGCAUUCCGACAAUAUCCUCGAAGCACUGUGGCGGCAUCUUGUAAAAAGGCAUACACUCAAUAACAAGUAUAUAACUAUGAAGUGCCAGCGAAAGUAAAAGUUAAUGUAAGACUCAAAAAAAGAAUAUAUGUACUCGUAUAUCUUAUAAGUAUCUUCACAGUAUGUGCACUACAUUUUUCUUUUGCAUGUUUUCGUUGAAUUCUUGACAAUGUUGUAACGUGGCCGUAAUAAUAACUCGAAAAUUAAGGAAUCAUAUUCUAAAAUUGUGUGAGGUGAAUAAGGUAAAAUAGCAGACCCCGUCUUUCGGGGUACGUAGUACCGUUAACAUCAACUAAAUAUAGUAAGAAGCCACGUUAUCGUCGGAAAUUAUCAACUAUGGAAUGUAUGUGUUGUGAAAACGAGUCUCUGGGAAGACAUCCUCCUCCAUUUCAAUGCGCGUAUCACUAUUGCCAAGCAACGACUCGGCAUCCUCCUCCAAAUGACGUAUCGGAUAGCUGAUGCCAUCACCCAUGCUGAACGUAAAGGUAGAAAUUCAUUUCUAUACUAUAAUUGCUAAUAUAAAUUGUUCGAAACACAAAAGUUUUCACAUUCGAGCAGACCAAUAUACAUAAAUACUUGGGGACUCUCCGCGUCUAGGAAAUGUAUUCAAUACAUAUAUUGCAUAGGGAGAAAUCCCGAUGAAACGAAAAUAUAUGGACUGUACUUUUGCAUUGCACGGCUUUUCUAGACGUAGAGGAUCCCCCCAAUUCGAUUUUCGGAAGACUAAACUUUAUGAAUCAAGUUUUCUUUUGCUGAAUAAAACAUUAAAUUUAGAUACAAUACGUAUUUUUUAUAAAUAAAGUGAAUUUCAUGCACAACUACUCAUCGCUCUUUCAUAAAAAGCUGCUGACUAGCGUCUGAAAGUGAAUUUGGCAAAUUAAAAACACAAAACUGCUUCGCAUAAUUCCAUUGCUUACAUAAUUAAGCAACUACUAAAUACAUUUAAAGGAUCAAAGAAUUCAUUGUACGCAAUUCGGCUUUAAAAGGUAUAUUUAAUUAUGAAUGUGUUACAAAAUUAUACAGUAUGUAUGUAUGUAGUCGAUAUACAGAUAGAUUGAUACAUUUUUCGGUAAAAUAUACACACUUAGCAUGAGGGUAUUACAUUGAUAAAUAAUAUUUUAUGCAGCAUGGAAAAUAUACAACAAAUACACAUGUAAUUAAGGGUAAAGUCAUUAUAAAAGUCAUGAGUAACUGUGAGCUUUUAGCCGGUUGGCUUGCAUGCCCUUUCUAUUUGAAUUUUUCCAUAAUAAGUUGAAAGAAGCUUCAAUCACAUGAAAAGCAGAAUGAAGAGUUAAAUGAAAUAGUUUAGAAUGUCAAAAAUAUUAAAUACCAAAAAUAAUUAAUUUUGAAUAAAAGUAUAAAAGGCUUAAUCUAACAAGCAAUUACUUAAUAUUAUUCUAGUGGAUACAUGUAUACAUGUACAUAUACAUAUGUGUUUGUAUACACAGAUAGACAUUUGUUCUUGCGAUUUUUAAAUGACUACCGUUCUAUUAACAAUUAGGCAUACACAUACAUAUAUAUAAAACAUUGAUUUAUUUUUUUUUUAUUCCUACAUCUCCCUUUGUCGAGUGUAUACCUAGCUUAGUUGUUUAAAUGCAGUGUAUAUUGUAAAACUUUUCAGCGACGUAUUUAUAGUGUUCAACGCCUUUGUCCGUACCGCAAAACUAAAAAGAUAUAUUUAAGGAAAUCUUCGCAAUACAAA